AUGUCCUCGUCCGCCAUCGUGAACGACACGCUGUCGAUGUCCUCGUCCGCCAUCGUGGCCGACACGGCGAGCGGGUACCACCUCCUCACGAUCCACGGGUACUCCCGGACCAAGGGCAUUCCCACCGGCGAGUUCGUGAGGUCCAGCGCCUUCACCAUCUGCGGCCACCGCUGGAGCAUCGACUACUACCCCAACGGUGCUCGCGCGGCGGUGGCGGACUACGUAUCCCUGUCGCUGAACCUCGACGAAGAUGUUUUCGAUGCGGUGAAGGCGCAGUACGAUUUCUGCAUCGCCGGCGAGGCCGAGGAACCGGAGAACGUGGCGGCGCUGGCGUCGGCGCCGGUGGAAAGGUUCCCUUCCCGGACCGCCUCGUUGCACGCGAUGUUCAUCAAGAGGGAGCGCCUGGAGAGGUCCAGGCAUCUGAUGGACGACUCGUUCACCAUCCGGUGCGACAUCGUCGUCGUCCACAACUACCGGGGGGCGUCGGACGACGCCCCGGCAUUCGUCUCCGUGCCUCCUUGCGACCUGCGCUGGCACUUCGGCGAGCUCCUCAAGACCGAGAAGGGCGCCGACGUGGUGUUCGAGGUUGGCGGCGAGACGAUUGUGGCGCACCGGUGCGUGCUCGCCGCCCACUCCUCGGUCUUCAGCGCCGAGCUCUUCGGACAGAUGGUGGAGGGAAAUGCCGCUGGCGUCGUGGUGCGCAUAGAAGACAUGAAUGCAGAGGUGUUCAAGGCGUUGCUCCAUUUUGUGUACACGGGCUCAUUGCCGAAGCCGCGGAAGGAAGAUGAAGACUUCACGUACCAGCAUCUGCUUGUCGCAGCAGACAGGUAUGGGAUGGAGCGGCUGAAGCUGAUCUGCGAGGAGAAGCUGUGCCAGUACAUAAAUGUGGGCUCGGCGGCGAUCAUCUUGGCGCUAGCCGAGCAGCACCAUUGUGUGGGCUUGAAGAAGGCGUGCUUCAGUUUUCUCGCCGCUCCAGCGAAUCUGAGGGCGGUCGUGGCCACUGACGGCUUCCAGCAUCUGAGCAAGAGUUGCCCUUCUCUUAUGGUCGAGGUGAUCACCAUGUCCUGCGCAUUAGUUGAGUGA